GGAUGAUCAUACUAAUAAUAUUUUUUCUAUUCAGUGAGUGACUUUGAGACAAAGUACGAGGAGCACGAGGAGCUCGGAGAGGGUUCAUUUGGGUCUGUCUUUUCCGGUGUGCGGAUAUCAGACCAACAACCAGUGGCAAUUAAACACAUCAAACGAGAGGAUGUGGAUUUUGUUCCAGUGACCAUUGAAAAGGAGGUUUACUCGGUCCCUGAGGAGGUGGUCCUCAUGACCAAAGCAGCUCCGAAUUGCCACUCAGUUGGAAAGGACCCCUCGGUAAAUCUUCUAGACUGGUACCUCCAAGACCAGGAGGUAGUGCUGGUCAUGGAGAGACCCACCCCUUCUGAAGACCUGUUUAACUACUGUCUGAAGAACGCACCACUGUCGGAGGACCAAGCAAAGGUGCUGAUGCGACAGGUUGUGGACGCGCUGGUGGACCUUCACGCUAAAGAGGUUUUCCAUAGAGAUAUCAAAAUGGAAAACCUCCUGGUCCAAACCACAGAGUCCGGUUCCCGGAUUCGUAUCAUAGACUUUGGUUGUGGCUGUAACGUCCAAUCAAACCCCUACUACGAUUACAACGGGACAGAAGAAUUUGCUCCUCCUGAGGCCUUCAAGAAUAAAGGUUACCACGCUGGUCCAACCUCAGUGUGGCAGAUCGGAGCUCUACUAUACGAGCUACUGCGCUCUGAUGAGAAAGAAGAGUUCACCACAAAACGCUGGACCAAGAGAAAACUCAGUCUGAGUGGUGUGUCGCAAGAGUGCUGUCACUUCCUUCAGGCCUGUCUGGCAGUGAACCCAACUCAUCGAAUAAGUUUGGACCAGCUGAGCCACCAUCCGUGGUUCAGUGUAGUUUAA